AGUUUCGCUCAGGCGGCUGAAGGAGAAUGGCCCGGACCAAGCAAACCGCGCGCAAAUCAACUGGUGGGAAAGCUCCCCGCAAGCAGCUGGCCACCAAAGCGGCGCGGAAGAGCGCUCCAGCCACGGGCGGAGUGAAGAAGCCUCAUCGCUACCGGCCCGGCACUGUGGCUUUGAGGGAGAUCCGGCGCUACCAGAAAUCCACCGAGCUGCUUAUCCGUAAGCUUCCAUUCCAGCGCCUGGUCCGAGAAAUCGCUCAGGACUUCAAGACGGACCUGCGCUUCCAGAGCUCAGCCGUCAUGGCCCUGCAGGAGGCCAGUGAAGCUUACCUUGUGGGGCUUUUUGAGGACACUAACCUGUGCGCCAUCCACGCUAAGCGAGUCACCAUCAUGCCCAAAGACAUCCAGUUAGCCCGCCGCAUCCGCGGAGAGCGCGCCUGAAUCCGACCUCCACACCGAACACAACAAAAGGCUCUUUUAAGAGCCACCAACACAGCAGUGGAAAGGGCUGUCUGUUACUGUUCACUGAGCUUUUCUUAAACAUGCCAACCCAGCCCGAUGAACCACAUA